AUGCCAUCGCCUAUCGCUCGCACAGCGGCCAAGGUGCUCUCUAGCGGCGCUUUCGGGAGAAGAACAUUCUCCACGACCAGACCGCUCAACGUGGACUUUACUCAUGCUGUCAUCGGAGCAGGCGCCGUUGGGCUCGCAAUUGCGCGGCAACUAGCGUCGCGGACAGGCACGUCGACGAUCCUGAUCGAGCGGCACGGCGCCGUGGGGACGGAGACGAGCAGCCGCAACUCGGAGGUGAUCCACGCGGGCUUAUACUACGGGCCGGACUCGCUCAAGACAAAACUCUGCGUCCGGGGCAGACAGAUGCUCUACGAGCUGUGCGAGGCGCGAGGGAUCCCGCACCGACGCACCAAGAAGUGGAUCAUCGCGCAGGACGCGGUGCAGAUGGCCGAGCUCGAGGCCCUGCACGACUUCACCCGCUCCAUCGACGGGGUGCCCACGCAUUUCCUGUCGCGCAGGGACAUCGAGACCCGCGAACCGGACGUGCGCGCCGAGGCCGGCGUGCUCGAGUCGCCCACCACGGGCAUCAUCGACUCGCACGCCUUCAUGGCGUACCUGGAGGGAUCGUUUGACGAGCGCGGCGGAGAGGAAGUGCUGCACACGAUCGUGGAGAAGAUCGAGCCUUUAUUACCUUCCUCUUCCUCCUCAUCCAGAAAUGGCGAACAAACCCCCGUGGGAUACGCCAUCACGACACGCUCCCGCGACGGCACCGGCGGCGAAGACACCAUCACGGCCGAAACGGUCAUCAACUCAGCCGGUCUCGCCGCCAUCGACGUGUCCAACCUGCUCCUGCCACCGGAGCGACACCGCAAGCCUUACUACGCCAAGGGCUCCUAUUUCUCCUACUCCGCACCACACCCGAAACCCACGACACUCCUGUACCCAGCGCCCAUUCCCGGCCUGGGCGGACUAGGCACGCACCUGACGCUGGACAUUUCCGGCCGGAUCCGCUUCGGCCCGGACGUGGAAUGGGUCGACUCGCCGCACGACCUCUCGCCCAACCCGGCCCGGCUGUCCGCGGCCAUCGACGUGAUCAGAACCUAUCUGCCCUCCAUCGACGCCUCGGCCAUCGACCUCGACUACUGCGGCAUCCGGCCCAAGCUGGGCCCCGGGACCAGCAGCACCUACGGCAAGGACGGCAAGGGCUUUGUGGAUUUCUACAUCACCGAGGAACAAGGCUUUCCCGGCUUCGUCAACCUCUUGGGCAUCGAGUCGCCCGGCUUGACCAGCGCCUUGGCCAUUGCCGAGUACGUCGAGGGCAUCCUGUACGGUGAGAAAGCGAGCGUGUGA